GCCUCGAGCUCGCAUCAACCCUCUGCCAACAUGAUUGCUCAUCAAUUUCUUGGGCUUGCGGCCCUUACUGCACUCGCCUCUGCAUGUGCACCAGAACUCCUCAAGCGCGAUGGAUGGCGCGGAGCACACCUCGCCAAACGCGCAGAGCCAGGAGCCAGAACAUGGAGUUUCGAGCUCGCUGAGGCAUGGAAUCAACUCAACCCAGAGUGGAGCACUUGCUACUCUGGCAGACGACAAUCGCCCAUCAAUCUUCGAAGCAAAUGGGGCUACUACACCCAGGAGCCACCCACUUUCCACUACCCCAAGAACCUGACUGGCAAGAUUGACAACUGGGACUUUGGUCCGCAGUUCUCAGUCGAAGUCGAUGACGACAACAAGACCGCUGCUUACAUCGAGUUCGACCAUGACGGCGAUCCAGAGAUUGCUUACUUCCGACAAUGGCACGUGCACACUGCGGCCGAACACACUAUCGACGGCUACCGACCAAAAGGCGAAAUUCACUUCGUGCACUACGACGACGCCGGCGUUCCUCGCUCUGUCAUCGGUUUCUUCUUCGAUCGCAAGAGCAAGUACGAUGACUACAACUUCAACUUCACUGGCCCAGCUAUCGAUGCCACCGGCUCGGCUUUCUACAGACAACUUGAGCCACUCGAGCUUCCUGAUAUCUUCAGCAACAACACUCUUGAGGGUGUCGAGUUGGACUUGAACCUUCUUGUCAAGGAGGCCAAGGACUACAAGAAGUUCUGGACCUACAAGGGCUCUCUUACCACUCCUCCUUGCUCUGAGGGGAUCCGCUGGUUCAUCUCGCCUGAAAUCAUCUGGCUUUCUGACGACCAGACCGAGAGCCUCUUGAGGGCUAGCACUUUCGGCGACCGCCCAGUGAACAGCGUUUGGGACCACGACAUCAACGUCUAAGUCUGACUUUACCUGUUCGCGCGAGCAUCUGACCUCCACGUCAGAUGUUGUUUGGUUGUACAUAGAUGGCAUGGGGUUGCAUUUGCAUUUGCAUCAGUGGCGUUCAAGGGAAUUAGCAUUUGUCAUUGUUAUAUACAUGCGCCUCCGGAAGCUGCGGCAUCGACAGUAUCGACAGUCUUCGUAGGCAGAGCACCAGAGAGAGAGAGAGAGAUAGAUGAGUGAGACAGUAGUGUAGCUGGCCUAAAGACUUCUCGGAGCAAAAACAACAUCAUCUCGCGUG